AGUGUCGUGGAGGAGGAGAGAGGAGGUGGGUGAAAGGAGAAUGGGAGGGGAAGCAGCUGCUGCCGAGUCCGUUCCCAGUCCAGCCUCUCACAGACACACUGGUGUGUGGUGGUGGUGGUGGUGGAGCUCAUCCACCGGACAACAAAGGGACACGCACACGUUGACAAGAGGAGAGAGGAGGGUCUCACCGCAGGACCCAGGACGGGAUCUCUCUUCAGCACCACAUCCGGUGUCGGCGACACAGCUCGCUCCACUUCUAGCACAUCUCAUAUCUCCAGGGAAACGCAGCAUCAGUCGGGCUGGAGGUGACCGUCAAAGAGGCGCUGAGCGCUCGCAUAGACAGCACCGCCGUGGUCGUGAGCCUCGGCAGCGAGAUGGAGAUGGAGCAUUUCGACGACAGGGGCCAGAGGCACGGCCGCUCCUCCAGCGCCAGGAUGAACGGGGUGCCGAGUCCCACGCACAGCGCGCACUGCAGCCUGUAUCGCACCCGGACCCUGAAGACCCUGAGCGCGGAGAAGAGGGCCAUGAAGGUGCGCUUCUACCGCAACGGGGAUCGCUACUUCAACGGGAUAGUGUACGCCAUCUCCGCGGACCGGUUCCGCACCUUCGACGCCCUGCUGGCGGAUCUGACCCGCUCGCUGUCCGACAACGUCAACCUGCCGCAGGGGGUCCGCACCAUCUACACCCUGGAUGGCGCCAAGAUCACCAACAUUGAGCAACUGGUAGAAGGUGACAGCUACGUGUGCAGCUCCAUCGAGGCGUACAAAAAGUUGGAUUACACGAAGAACGUGAACCCCAACUGGUCGGUGAACGUCAAGGCCUCGGCGUCCUCCUCGCGCGGCCCCCCUUCCCUGGGCAGCGCCAACGCCGGCGCUCCCGAGAGCCGCGAGACCAAGGACUUCAUACGUCCAAAGCUGGUGACGGUGGUGCGGAGCGGAGUGAAGCCCCGCAAGGCCGUGAGGAUCCUGCUGAACAAGAAAACGGCCCACUCCUACGAGCAGGUCCUCACCGACAUCACCGAUGCCAUCAAGCUGGACUCUGGGGUGGUGAAGAAGAUCUACACCCUGGAGGGAAAACUGGUGGCAUGUCUGCAAGACUUCUUCGGUGAUGAAGACGUUUUUGUCGCGUGUGGACCGGAGAAGUUGCGCUACCAAGAUGACCUGAUGCUGGACGCGACUGAGUGCCGUAUGAUGAAGUCGGUGGCCUAUGGGAAGAUGUCUGGCUCUCUGAGCCGAGGCUCCCCCAGGAAUGUGAUCCAAACUCGACGCAGCAAGUCCCCUGCAUCCUUGAACGGGACGCCGGCCAGCCAGCUCUCCACUCCUCAUUCGGGAAAAUCUCCCAGCCCCUCCCCGACCAGCCCGGGCAGCCUCAGCCAACGCCAGGAAAAGGACAAAGCUGUGACUGAGCAUAGGCCGACCACAUCUUAGAGUUGCUAGAAUGCGAAGGAACCACAACAUCCCAGCAUCUAUAGUGUCUCAGAAAGGGCCGGGGGCAUUGACCUCUGACCCUCACGCAGCGCUGCCACGGGAGUCCAAGAGCGGCAGGCUCGUGUUAGGAUCCUCUAAUGUCACAACUUUAUCCAAUGUUAAUUGAUUUAAAGGGCACAUUUCCCCCCUGCUCACGAUGAUUUCCUGUCACAUUCCCGCACAUGUUGACCUAAAGCUCUCGUUCCUCAUGGAGAACUCGGUCUGCCUUUGGUAGCUCAACAGUGAGCGAUGCUGUCACUGACUUUUUUUAGAUGAGACCUGAUCUGUCAGUCAGCAGUUUGUGCAAUAUCGGAUCUCACGAUUGGCUUUGUGCUCCAAUCUUCAAGCCUGUUUUUACUCUGCAAAAAAACUUGGUUUGCAUCCCCUGUUAGCUACCAGGCAGUGCUUUUCUGCAUGUUAGCAUAAGAGAAGACCCAAAUAUUACUGAUCUUCUGAUCGGGGAUGACUUUUUUUAUCAAGUUGUGUCAUUUUGUACUUGUCCUAUUGUGUGAAAGAUUUAGAAACACGUUUUAUAUUAGCGAAUUUGAUUAUUUAUGCCAGUGACUGGCUUGGGUUUUCAAAAAAUGUGUUAAAGCUUCUAAACUAAAUCUAUACUACACUGUAAAUCUUGUCGUCACUGUAGAGAAAAUACUGAUGAGCAGAACGGGAGCAUGCACGUCACACAGAUAACCUUGAAUUCUGCAUUAGAGAGGCUGGGUUCAUGUGCAGGGUGUGUGUGUGUGUGUGUGUGUGUGUGUGUGUGUGUGUGUGCGUGCGUGCGUGUGCGUGCGUGUGUGUGUGUGUGAGCGUACGUUCAAGAUCAAAGUAUGUGUUAAUCCAGUCCUUGACAGUGGUGAUGGUGAGCUUUUAAUAUCAGCCUCAAUCCUAACAGCCGCUCUUUAAUUUGCAGGAGCUCCUAAGCCUGUUGCUGAUUUACUCCCCUCUCCGUCGUAAACAGACACUCACACGCUCGGCUCACCUCGCCCGCACAUAGACACAGCACUUUAUAAUAUGAGAGCAUGUAAUGCAUUCGUAUGGGCUCCCUCCAGCAUGAGUAGUUCUCAAGCAAACUCACUGACUGAAAACCCACUGCAAGUGUGGAUCAAUAUUCUCCCUGACAGCAAAUGUAGCUGUGAUUUAUAUUGUAAUUAUUGGGCUAUUUAUUGGUGCAGGCACAACAACUUCUUUUUUUUCGGGGGAGAGAAAGCAAGAAUGUGAUUAAAGUCAAUACAUUUUGAAUAGGACCCAGAGAAGAGGUUGCUAAUUACUUAGCGUGUGUGUGUGUGUGUGUGUGUGCGCGCGCGUGCGUGUGCGUGCAUGUGUAUGUUUGUGUUCAUGAGUGACUAUAUAUGAAAUCAGCUCAGAAUUAAGAAUUAAUUUCUUGCGUUCAGUAGCUCCAGUGUGGUGCUACAUGUGAUGGCGGAGAGUCUGGCCUUCAGGCCUGUGAAUCCAUCAUUUAAUGAGGUUGUAUUGAUGUGAUAUGAAGGUCAGCCAGGGCAACAGGCGCAGAUCAAAUUCAGGUUAUAGGCGCUGGGGAAAGAGAACAAGGUGCACUGGAGCUUCCACAGUCAUCUGUAUAACUGGAAGUGGGUCACCAUGCAUCUUGGUGUCGAAAGGGAAACAGGUUGGGAAGUGCAGGCAUCUACAAACUCUCUCUCUCUACUCCUCGUUGAAUCCCCCAAAAAAAGAGGGGCAGUUAAUAAUCAGAGAUUAUUAUUAUAUUACAUUAAAUUUAAGAUAAGUGCUCAGUUUAUGCUGCUGUCUUCUUCCCCGCCCGUCGAAGAUUCAGAGUGACAUCCCGGGAAGUCGAGGUUUAAGAGGUGACGAAGUAUAUACAGUAUAUGUCCUUCCUCUCCUCACUGCCUGUCUUUUUCGGCUUCCACCCACGUCGCUCGUCAAACAUUAGCCUUCACAAAUCCGCUGUGUCGUGCGGUCAUGACCUCAGCGAAAUGGCAUUUAAAUUCGAGUUGUACACAGCAACAAGCCGAGUGUGUGUUUCUCAACAUUAGGUCAUUAAGUCCCCGACGCCAUAUUUUCACAUUUUCUCUCCUUCGUUUGUUACCUAUGUGUAAACAUGCACGAAUAAUCAUACACAAAGUCAAAUCCUGUUAUUGUUACACUUACAAUGGCACGUGAGGACCUUUCUCACCCUCGUGCCUAAAAUCACUUCUCACAAUCGAACCACACCGUGACUCAGAAAAUGACCCUUUUCCAUGAAAUGAAAACCUGAAUUUUUUUUUCUCUUUUUAUUUGUAAGCAAAUAAUUUAUUUCAGCAAAUAAAAGCAUUGAAAGCUUCCACGAAGCCUCAGUGACCUACUACGAGCAUUGCUUUUAGAAAGUUCACCUCCCUGGACCAUGCGUUUAAACACUUAGAGGCACUUUGCUGCCGGAAAUAGGUCCGCUCGCUCAGUUCAGACCGUCAUAACCUAUUUCCCUGAGCAGAACGUGCAGUCAUGGCACCGCGCCGUGGCUCCUCCCUUUUCGCUUUCACACAUACAUAAGUGCAUGCAUACAGACGGACAGAGACAGAGAAUCACUUGUCCGUUCACGUAGGCUUCAGAAAAAUACAUGCAAUCGCCAUUUGCGCACAGUUGCACGCAGUUGGUUCGCGCUAGUAUGACCCAUUUUUAUGAAUUAACAACAAAAGCAUGAUGGUCUACAUUCAUGUAGUCACCCACCCACCCCCCCUAUUCUCCUUUGUACUUUACACGGCCUCCCGCUUCACACAGAGCACUCCAGCUUCCCAUGGUCCCGUUGCCGUAAUAUUUAUCAUCGAACCUAGAAGCACGCACGUCGACACAGACACGAACCUUGAAUUGGGUUUUCUGUCGGCGUCUCGUUUGAAGACCAUAACAGACGAACCAAACGAGCCGGCGAGGCCACAGCUCUGUUAGAUUGUGGAAAACACACGCGGGGAAAUAAAUUGUUCAAAGAAAAAAACAGAGAGAGAGAGAGAGAGAGUAGUGACUGACAGACGGAAGGCAAACAGAUGGUCUGUGAUUCCAACAGGACAACCAGUGGGAGUGUACGAGAGACGGAAAGUGCUAAUUGUUGACCAUAGUAUAUGUCACCUGUAUCCUCCUCUCACCGCUGAGUCAUUCAUGUGCAUAAUCCACUGAACUGCAUGCUCCCAUCUCUCGCUCUUAUCGUCCACAUUUUGUGUUUUGGGUGAUUCAUAAUUAAAUUAUGUGAGUGUGUGUGUGUGUGUGUGUGUGUGUGUGUGUGUGAGAGGGAGGGGCGGGCAGACUGAAGAAGCAUGUGUGUAUUCUCAACUUGUCAAUUAUUGUCUCAUCUCAUCCGUGUGAGUGUGUUGUUGUUACUUAAGAUUGUAUUUGUUGUUUGUUGUGUUGAUGUCAUUGGAUGGCUUGUUCAAUUUGUGUUCCCGUGGCUGCCAAAGAGACUGGCUGCGGCACAUGAGGAAACAGGGGGGGAAACGGUGCAAUUGCGGCAAUUUCAAAGCUUAUUGUUCGUCGAACAGAUUUGUUCCCGAACAUUUCUGAUCUGGUUUGUGUUCGCGUAUUUUUUAACAGUCCCCCUUAAAAAAAAUUGGUGACCUCGCACUGCCAUUUACAUUCACGACGGAUCUGUAAACGGGAAAAAAUUUGUGCGAGAAAUUAUAUUUGAUCAUCCGGUGCGUCAUUUACAUAUUGUGAUUUCCUGAUGUAAGGCUGCCAGCUCUCCAAGGCUCAUUUUUUUUCUGUCUGUAUUUUUCCUUGUCUAAUGUAUUAAUUUCCAUUUGUUGUUGUCAAUUAAAUUCAUCGUCAUUUCAUUUUCACAUGGUGUUUUUCUUUCUUUCUCGUGCUCUUCAUUUGCAUUUAUUUUCAUGCUUUUGCAUCGUAUACAUAAACACCGCGUAUCGAGAUCAUUUCCAGUCGACGGUGAAUGAUUACGAUGAAGAUGAUUGUCUUUAAUUAGAUAUUCAUCAGUGGUUCCACUUUGUUAAACUUACUUCAGUAUUCAGCAGAGCAGACCAGAGAUUACAACACAAACACAGUCCCAGAGGUGCAUUCAUCCUCCCUGUUCCCCUGCCUCUGUUCUGGAUUUUUUUUUUUGUUAUGUGAUGAGGCAGCCCAAGUCUCCUUCUUCGUUUUUAAUUUUCCCUGAAGCAUUUAAUCACGUUUCUGUGAUUUCCCCAGGAUUGCAGUCCACAAGGGCCGUGAUUGGAAAACUUCCCUGUGUCCAACUGGGAGAAGCGGAGAGCCAGAACAACCCAAACAGUGUUGAUCUCUUCAGAUCAGCGUCAAAUAGAUUAUGAUUCCAGCCUGUCUAGACACCAGAAUAGGAGACAAGAAGUUUUAUCUCCUCUACCCUGUUUUGUUAUGACAGACAGGAAGUUAAUACAAAACGGUACCCCAUUUCUGUCAGAUCUUCUUAGACUUUUCUUUCCUCUGAAGUAAACACUAAUAAAUUCUGCCUUCGCUGGAUAUUGCAUGACAGUGAAAGUGAAGAAAUGCUGCUGGAGAAAAGGUCUGACUCCCUCCCCCCUCCCCACAGCUUAAGGGACGGAGAGAAAGAAGGCUUUAGGACGUAAUCUGUUUCAAACGGGGGCAUUGAGGACACGUCGAGCAUUACCCCUUAGGUUGGUUAUGUAAAACGUGUGGCGCGUGCUAAAUGCUGACUCCUGAAAAUUGACAGACGUCCCUUUUUAACCGCAAAAUGAAUCAUAAUUCCCACCGCUACACAUCUGCUUUCCGAGACGAUUCUCCACGUUUAAGGUCAAUAAUGGACAUCCUGAUUAAUUCCUGUUCAUGCACUGAUCAGUAUUCAGCCCGCUGAGUGUUGCCCUUGGGGGUUUGAGGAGCUGCGGCUCCUGCCAUGAUGUAAAAGGUUUGUCAGUGUGUUUUCUAGCGGUGUGAGUCACGGCCAGAGCAAACGUGUGGCGAGGCAGAGCCAGGAAUAGUGUACGUCGCAUUGUGCAACGGCGAGAAAGCCGGAUGGUCUAACAAAAACACGACAGUUCCUGUCAAAUCUAAUGAUCCAUAUGAACCGCAGCAGACUACAUCCUUCCUCCUAUCUCUUCUUGUCCCCCUUCUGUCUCACCCUGUCUGACUCUGUCUGUCACUCCAUCUGUCUCGCAGUUUUUCACGCUGGAAAGAGACACAGUGUUCACAGAAGGCUGAACCCGUACCGCCCGGCCCGCAGACGGGAAAUGGCCAUAUAUGGGCUUCUGUCUCCACACUGAAAGUCUCAUCAGCUGCCGCGCUCUCUUUCUGGGAACAGUUUCCAUAGCAACAGUAUUUUGUUUCCCUCGGUGGCAGGAAGAGGGAGAUAGGAGUUGAAAAUGGGAGGGCGAGUAGACGGCGGGGCUGGAUGUGAGAUAAGGGAAGUAAAUAUACGCGGCGAGUCGGGCCGAGGAAAUAAAAGAGCAGAAGAAGGAUGUUUUGGAGCACAAGCACAGGAGAGUCAUUGGCUUUAUGAGUAAUACGUUGGUUUUCUUGAUACGCGACGAGUGCCAGACCAAAAACAACAUUACGUAAACCAAACUCUGCCUGACUCACAGCUACACUCACCUGGGUGGCUUUCAGGUUACAGCGGUAGAGUGUGAGUAAAAGAGCUGUCAGCUACGUGGCUUACAGAGAUGUAGGGCAGCUCAGCUCUGUAAAUAGUUGUCAGAUCUAUGUCGGUUACGAAGGGUGGCCUUUUCCUCUCAGAGAGCGAACUCUCACGACCGCAUCAGAGUCUGACUGGACGACGUAGAAAGAGCUUCACAUGAGGCCGGGAUGUAAGAAAUCAAAUGAAGAAUUAAGAAUUACUUCUAUUUCCUGGAAUGCACACGCAUUACAUCACAGUCACACACAGCUUGGCUUUAUACUACGACUGAGAUCUGUUCCCAGCAAAUAUUUUCAUACUGUACAACGCGAUAUGUUCUGCACUGUUGUGAAAAACCCACUUUCAGGAGCCUGUUAUGUGAUUUCAUUUGACAUUUGACAUAUAAAAAGAAACUCACACUGUACAAAAAUGAAGGUAAAAUAUCCCAGAUAUGGGUGCCGCCAUAUUGCGCUAAUUUAUAAUAAUUUGGAGCCAGAGUCUAUGCGCUAGUGAUCGUCAAGUCAAGUCUUGGUAUCAAAGUCCCACCGAUACAUGCACACGACCAAUCGUGAGUCAGUCUCAGCUGUAAAUCAUGAUGUAACCAAACUGACAAGAAACAGGAAUACUUGAACAUAUAUAAGGCUCAUAAAUGUACCUGCAAUGGCAGAAACUAUCAUUGGGAAAAAAUGUGUUUGACGUAUACUUUGACUUUUUAAUUUGGUCCAUGUCCCGUCUGCCAACAUGGAGGAGGCGGGGUUCAUGACCCAUACGA